UUUUUAAAUAAGUAAAUAAAUUCCCCCUUCUGAAAGAUGCAGGAACUACUGCUAUUGCAGUAUGCCUUCUUCGGCUCUAGCUCUCUUCUCUGCCUAGCAUUUUAUGUGUAAUAUUCUCUCUCUCUCUGGUUCUGUGAGAUGUGAAUGGCUGUAAGAUAGAGCGGGAAGGGAAGCGAUCAAAGGAGAGAGAGGGAUGAACGACCUCUCCAAUGCUUUGAGAGAAAGGCGCCAUUGUUGUAGCUGCAGGCCAAUCCCGACUCCAGUUGUGUGCUUGCUCAUCCCUCUCUUCUUUAUAGGUAUCGCGGUUUCCAUAUUCAUCUUGGUCGUUGUUCACAACGCAUUCUUCUUCGUCUCUCUCCUGUUGCUCUCAGCUGCUGUUCUCGCUUUUCUAGUUUGGAACACUCUCAACUGGAGGAGAAAUGGGGCCAUCCUGCUCUUUCUCGACUCCUUCCCCGAUUCCGACCUUCGCACCGCUACACAUGGACAGCUCGUUAAGAUCACUGGUUUUGCUUCCUGUGGGAGUCUCUCUCUGGAAUCUUCAUAUGAAAAAGUUCAUAGAUGUACUUUUACAUCAACGUUGUUAUACGAAUAUAAAGGAUUUAGUUUGAAGAAAGCAAAUGUUAACAAUGGAUGGUUCCAGUGGAGAGUAGCAUAUGCAGAGAGAUUCUCCACGGACUUCUACAUCACUGACAUGAAGUCUGGUAUUAGAGUGAUGGUAAAAGCUGGUUAUGGUUCUAAAGUUAUUCCCUUGAUUGUUGAGAGCACACUUGUCAAUACAACAAAUAAGCACAGGGUAUUAUCUUCUUAUCUAAGGAAAUGGUUGGUAGAAAGGAAUCUCUCAGCUGAAGCGCGUCUAUUGCAUCUGGAGGAAGGGUACAUAAAGGAAGGAAGCUCUGUGACUGUUAUGGGAGUGUUGCACAAGAACAGUGACAUAACCAUGAUUGUUCAGCCACCCGAAAUUGUAUCUACUGGGUGCCUAUGGCGAGGUUUCCUCCUCCCUGUUGAUGUUAACGGUUUGAUCCUGAGGGUUUCUGAGACAAGUUCCUCGCCUCUGACUAACCCAUGUUCUGGCGAGGAACCAUAACAGUAACUGAUAGCUGGGACCAACAUUGGGUAAUGGCCUUUUCCGCUUCCGGAUGCCACUGCAUUUUAAUUCUCCUUUUCCCCAUACAAGGUAAUCUAAUACUGAUAAUAUGUCAAGGAAAAUGUUCAUGCAUGCUUCUUGUUUUCUCCCGUGGCACAUGAAAGUACUUGCUUUCUUGGGGUGGCUUCCUGGUAGCAAAUCAAGAGCUUUUGCAAGGUUUUGGAGCUCUUUACACAUUCUCGAAAGAACUGUUAAGCCAUCUUAGCUGCAAUGAUCCAGUUUUUCCAGAAAAUGAAUGUCUGAGAUAAGGGGCAAUCAAUGUGGUGCCGAGUGAUGAGAGAAGGAACUGCCUCAGUGUUGGCUACACUUCAUACUUUAACCACAGUGCACCAGAUUAUCCAAGAAGAAAUUGAUUGUUAGACAAGGGUUUUGUAAUGUUGAGCAGUGCUAUUGUAGUAGGAUAGGGGUAAAACUUUUUAAGUGUUCCUUUUUUUUUUUGGGUGGACCGUAGACAACGUUUUAGUGUUCCUAAUUUCUGCAUAAGAUGAAUGAUUUUACCAGGCAUUUUUGUUAUAAUGUGGAUCGUUAGGAAAGCUGU